GUAUUCAGUGUACCUAUGGUGGCAACCAAAUUGAUGCAGUUCCUCUGACGUAAGUGAAGGUUGUUCUUUGGUUGAUAGUUUGCGGCGUACUAAGAAAUUAAGAUGGCUGCAAAUAAUUAUUUUGGUUUCACGACUGGAGGCACGCAGUAUGGGAGUGCUACACCCUCUCCAGCGAAUUAUUCUACCAAUCAAGCAACUGCUGGUUACACUGUGCAGCAUUCAGCUCAACCUUAUGCCGCGGCUGCUACUGCGCAGCGCUCCAGUCAGUCUGCGUAUGAAAGUUAUCAACAGCCAGCUCAUACUACGACAAAUUAUCCAUAUGCCUCAAGGCAACAGACUACUUAUGAAAAGGCUCAAACAUAUUAUCAAGCCCAAGUUCCAUAUUCUACCACUGAAACUCCUCAUUAUCAGAGUGUGAGCAGUAAUAAGCCAGUAUAUUCAACUACUACGAAUGUCAGUUAUAAUACACGACAAACAGCCCUGCAAAAGCUCAAACACAGACUGCCCAACCAUCAGCCACUUCAUAUCUGUAUUCUACUGGUGCAUCAUCAGGAAACUUCAGCAUCUAACUAUAGUUCUGCAUAUAAUAGUUCUGCAGCAACUACAACCUAUUCUGCUUCAAUGUAUGUACAACAGCCCUCUGUUACUGUACAGCCUGUGCAAGCUGCACAAUCAAGCAUUGUGCAACAGCCACAACAGGUUCAAACAAUCCAGUCAUCUACAACCAGUGCUGUAACUACUCCUAAAGUUCAUUCCAAUAAUUGGAUGUCUUUCAAGAAAGGGCCUAUUAGAAUGGCUCGUCCUAAACUCCCCCCGAAGCCUCAGCAGCUGCAUUAUUGUGAAGUGUGCAAGAUCAGCUGUGCUGGACCACAGACUUAUCGAGAGCAUCUAGAAGGACAGAAACAUAAGAAAAAAGAGGCUGCUGCAAAAUCUGGUACAGUUAUACAUCAUGUAUCGAGAGGUGGAACUACAUUGAAGUGCGAGCUUUGUGAUGUGACAUGUACUGGCUCUGAUGCCUAUGCUGCACAUAUAAGAGGAGCAAAGCAUCAAAAGGUUGUUAAGCUGCAUACCAAAUUGGGAAAACCUAUCCCAUCUACAGAACCACAGGUCUUGAGUACAGGAAAUAUAAUGCAUCUGGUAAAGGCUCGAAGUAGUGGAAACAAAACAUCAGGGAAAGGAAAUACUGUUAAAAAGUCAGGCCCACCUAAAAUAACAUUUGUUGCAUCAAAAUCAGAAGAUAAUGCUGAGAUUAAAGAAGAAAAUGAAGAAGAAAAGGGUGAAGGAUGUAAGGAAGAUAAUGAAGUUCAACCUGUCGGACAAGAUUACAUUGAUGAAAUAAAGAAUGAAGAAGGUAAAGUUGUAAGCUUCCAGUGCAAACUCUGUGAAUGUAAAUUCAAUGAUCCUAAUGCAAAAGAAAUGCAUAUGAAAGGACGACGACACAGAUUGCAAUAUAAGAAAAAGGUUAAUCCAGACCUUGUAGUUGAUAUUAAACCUAGUUUACGUCAUCGUAAAAUACAAGAAGAACGUUUAAGACGUCAACAAAUGCUAGAUGAUUAUUGGAAGAGGCGUGAAGAAGAACGUUGGAGAGAGGAAAUGAGGCUUAUGGAAGAAGAGGAAAGAAUAUACUGGGAAGAGCGCAGACGUUAUGAGGACGAAUUGGAAUACUAUGAAUGGCACCGUCGAUUUGGUCGUGAGCCGCGCAUUGGUCCUCCAAUGCCACCACCUCCUCCACCUAGACCAUACUUAAUGGGAAUGCCUCCUGUUGGUAUAGGACCACCAGCUGUAAGUAUUAGAAGACCAGAUUCGGUUGAUGAUCGCCAUGUGAUAGCAAAGCAUACUCAAAUUUAUCCAAAAGAGGAGGAGUUGAAUGCUGUGCAGAAAAUAAUUACUAAUUCAGAAAAAGCUUUAAAGUUGGUGUCAGAUUAUUUAACCGAAAAGAGUGAAAAAAAAGAUGUGCCGAAAGGAAACCCUGAAGAUAAAAAGGAUGUUAAGCCAGCAGAAGGUAAUAAAGACAGUGCCCAGCCAUAUAGAGUAUUGAAGGGAGUAAUGCGUGUUGGAGUGCUUGCCAAAGGACUAGUACUUACUGGUGAUCUUAGUGUGCAGCUUGUAGUCAUGUGUGCUGAAAAGCCUACGCGUACAUUAUUAGAAAGAGUUAUUGACAAUUUGCCCAAGCAACUUGCAACCGUUGCUCCAGAUGACAAGUAUGAAGUUAAAAGAAGUCUAGAGGAAGCAGCCAUAGUAGUCAGUUCUGUGACUGAACCAAAGAUUACAGUAACAGUUACUCUGACUUCUCCUGUCAUGCGUGAAUCCAAUGCUGAUGCUAGUACUAGUGGAGAGACUGUUAAAGACCCGCCGGAUGUUCUGGACAGGCAGAAAUGCCUGGACGCCUUGGCCGCCUUGAGACAUGCCAAGUGGUUCCAGGUUUGCAUUUUCUUUACUUUUCAGCCUUAUGUAUAUCUACUAUGUGAUAUCCUACUACGUGUAUUUGCAAUUAAUAGUUUGUUAAAGACAAUAUAAAACAAAAACCUGUACAGCAUACAAAAAGAUAGUAUUUCUUCCUAGAAAAUGUUAUGUUUCAAACAGUUUUCCAUCAUAAGCUGAUAUCUGUGCUGUUAAAUAUUUGUAUUUGUACAAGGUUUGUGAGAAUAUGUUAAAUAUUUAAAAAAGAGGAAAACCUAAAGCUUUAUUGGAAGGUAAUUUUUUGCACUGCAGUGAAGUCACAGUUGAGUACAUAUAAAAAAGGAGAAUACACCACCUUUUUUUUUUUUUUCGUAUCCCUCCCCAGAGUAGAAAACAAGUGUUCUCUUUGUGAAAUUAAAAAAAAAAAAAAAAAUCACUAAAUUUAGUAUUUUUAAGUUAUGAAACAUGUAGAACUCUUCAUAAAGUACAAUGAAGUCAAUGACAUAUUUUCUCAGUAUUUCCAGAAUAAAAUAUUUUCUGUAUUUUUCAUGUGUGGCAAAGAAGAAAUAUGACAGUUUAAUUCGUGUUACCUUAGCAGUUAAAUCUAUUUUUUGCUAAUUACCAUUAUUAAUAUUUCAAAUUGAGAUUUCACCGUAGUGAUGAUGUGAAUUUGAAGUCAUUCUGUUGUAUCACAUUUAAAUUAAUGUGUUUAUAUUAUAUUAGUUUAUGCAUGAUAAUGUGUUUGAAACAUAACUAUAUAUUUCAGAAAACUGUCUUUUAAAACUUACCUAUUAGAGUAUGUUGCAAGCGUGUUCUUGCAAAACAUGAGGCUGGAAAGUCGAAAAAAAAAAUUUAAAAAAGAUCUUUACAGUGAUACCGUUCGCAUGUCAAGUAUUAGGCAGUGUUAUUUUAACGUAUAUUAAAUUAAUGUACUCACACUUUGUGAGUAAUAUUUUUUGUGAUUAUGGAUAGCAAAGAUAUUGCCUUAUUUUUUAUACAAAAGAAAAAUACAUGAAGCAUAAAGGAAAGGGAAGUAAUUUGGUAGUAAAUUUUUUAAUAUCCAUAAUCACUAAAUUUGUUACUUCCAUCUCAAAAUGGUACCUGAAAAGUUAUAUAAUUUAAAAUCAAUAAUUCUAGGCCUAAUAUGAAAAAGAACUAAGUGUCAAAAAAAAAAAAAAAAAA